CUGAGCUACUGACCUUCUGGCUGGAUCGAUCCUGAACCAAGAGGGCUAUAUCUACCAUGACAAUGUAUUUGCUAUCCUAUCAUCUCAAAAUAUGGUAAGUGAGUUUUCUACAAUCUCUGGUAGGGCUGUUUUGGGUUAGAACCUAGGUGUCUAUGGUUGCUCUAGUGCUAGCCAUGAAGUUUGCUCGUAAUUAGUUAUUUACAACCCUAAUUUUGGUCUAGCACUCCCAAACAAUCUUUAGUGAUCCAGAUUGCUUUGAAGAUACUCAUAAUUUGUACACCUCAAGCAUUCAGAGCUAUAAAAAUACUAAGAAAAUGUGUGAAAUCUCAAAGACAAAUUUUCAAAGAGAUACUUGCAUCAAGAAUGGGUGUGAACACAGACUUGAAGAAGACAAACAGCAAAAUACCUGAGAACUGUCUUCUAAAGAUCAAGCAAAGAUGGAUAACGACCGACGCCAAGGAUUUGCACUACGAUGUUUAAAAGGAUCCGUGAGUUGCUCCAAUAGUUCAAGUACUUUAGCCCAAGCUUACACUUCGUAUCGCCCUUCUAUGAUGAAGUCCAAAGGAGUCUUCAAACUGAGAGAUUCUCUGCGCCUUGUUCGGAAGUACUUGUUGUAUCAAUUUAAACAUCAAAACUCAGAAAUUGUAAGUAAAAGAUACUUCAACUGCUCAUGAGCCGAGAUCGCCCAACGUAUCACUGCCACUCUCAACAAGUUGUUGCCUCCUGAUAUUGUGACUGUUGACUUGGUCUAUUACACAAUUGGCAUCCUGAGUCUUAAAGACCUGCGCUACUUCGACUGUAGCUCCGAAGUCAAGCAGCAAGUUCGACUUUUCUUAGAUGCAGUCCGUAAAUUCUCAUUUGCAAAGUUUAAGCAAGUCAUGGCUUCGAGAAGCGUCCAGGUGCUGUGAAGAUACUUGGUGUUGCACUCGGAUGAUCCCAGAGCAGUCAGACUCAAAGAGGCUUUGAACAUGGACUAAGGAAGCACUACUAAAGAAGAGCAUGAAUAAUUACUCAUAAUUUCUCCUUAAUUGUUACAAAAUAUUGUCCAAAUGUCUAGUCUUCUAAUAGACAUCCUUCCAUCCGAAAGGGUCUUACUAAUAUCAGUUCCGCAAUUAUUUCUGAGAGCGAAAUCAAUCACAAAAAGUAUUAUUAACCUGGGGCUGCUCAACAUGAGGGUCUUAGCUUAAUGCAAUGACUUGUAGUAAAUUAGCAAGUUAAUUUAGUACCAAAACACUUCGAAAAGCUUGGAGUAAUGCCGCUUCAUAUAUCUUUGAGCUA